AUGGAGCCAGAGACAGUAGCCACCUCCUUUGAGAAAGAUGCUUGCAAGACAAAGGACAAUGCCCCCAAGGGCAAGACUCGAAGUAGUUCUCUUCUAACAAUCAGCUCGGGCUUCACCUUCCUCGCUGCCCUUCCUGGAGGAUCAAGCUCUUCGUCGUCUUUCAGAUCAUCAUCUUUUCGAUAA